GAGAAACCAUACACAUGCCAGCAAUGUGGGAAAGGUUUUGCUCAGAAGUCAGCCCUUGUGACUCAUCAGAGAGUCCACACAGAAAAGAAACUAUACACAUGCCAGCAGUGUGGGAAAAUUUUUGCUAGGAAGUCAGCUUUUGUGAAUCAUCAGAGAGUCCACAGAGAAAAGAAACCAUGCACGUGCCCACAGUGUGGGAAAGGUUUUUCUCAGGAGUCACAUCUUAUGUCCCAUCAGAGAGUUCAUACACGAGAGAAACCAUACACAUGCCAGCAGUGUGGGAAAGGAUUUGUUCACAAGUCACAUUUUGUGAGGCACCAUAGAGUCCACACAGGAGAGAAACCAUACACAUGCCAGCAGUGUGGGAAGAGCUUUGCUCACAAGUCACAUCUUGUGAGGCACCAGAGAGUCCACACAGGAGAGAAACCAUACACAUGCCAGCAGUGUGGGAAAGGUUUUGCUGAGACGUCAGUCCUUGUGAACCAUAAGAGAAUGCACACAGGAGAGAAGCCAUAUACAUGCCAGCAGUGUGAGAAAGGUUUUGCUUACCAGUCAGCCCUUGUGAGGCAUCAGAGCAUCCACGCCGGAGAGAAACCAUACACAUGCCAGCAGUGUGGGAAAGGUUUUGCUUUCCAGUCAGACUUUGUGAGGCACCAUAGAGUCCAUACAGGAGAGAAACCAUACAAAUGUCAGCAAUGUGGAAAAGGUUUUGCUGGGACAUUAGCCCUUGUGAAGCAUAAGAUAGUCCACACAGGAGAGAAACCAUACACAUGUCAGCUUUGUGGGAAAGGUUUUGCUAGGAAGUCCGCCCUUGUGAAUCAUCAGAGAGUCCACACAGAAAAGAAACCAUACACAUGCCAGCAGUGUGGGAAGGAUUUUGCUAGGAAGUCAACCUUUGUGAGGCACCAGAGAGUCCACACAGGAGAUAAACCAUACACAUGCCAGCAGUGUGGGAAAGGUUUUGCUCAGAAGUCAAACCUUGUGAGUCACCAGACAGUCCACACAGGAGAGAAGCCAUACACAUGCCAGCAGUGUGGAAAAUGCUUUGCUCAGAAGUCAGUCCUUGUGAAGCAUCAGACAGUUCACACAGGAGAGAAACCAUAUGGUGGGGAGGAGCUGCAAGUGAUGGUAUGAGGACCUGAAAGAGAAAAUUAAAUAAGCCAAAGGAUUUCCUCUAAAUGGAAAAAACAUUGUAAGUAAUUACAAAUAAAUAAAUCAGAGUGGGAGGAGAACAGAAUGGAACUUUUUAACUAAAGCUUUAAAGAGAAGAAAAAUAAAUAAGCAGGAUUUUCUUAUUUGGCAUAGCUGGCUGGAUGUUUGUUAUGUCGAAGGAACGUUUAGUGGGGACACGAGAGAGGGCCUUCUCAGCAGCGGCUGCCCCUAGACUCUGGAACUCCCUGCUCAGGGAGAUAAGAACGGCUCCCUCCUUGAUGGCUUUCCGACGGCAGGUGAAGACCUACCUGUUCA